AUGGCUGAAACCGGUUUCGUAAACCGGUUUCACGGCGGCCUGGACCCGUCAGCGGAAGAGUUCAGGCCCAGAAACCCAUACCCAAUACCGCUCUUCAACCUUCCACCACCACCACCGCCUCUACAACACCUUCUUUACUAUCCCUACCCACCGCCUCCACCACCGCCGCCUCCUAUGAACGAGGUGGUCGCCUACGCUCAGCCGCCGGAGGCGUACGUCGGCGCGGUGGCGGUGCACCCCUCACCGAUCCCUCCCCCGGCCGCGGCGCCGACGAGGGCGCUGCUGCUGAGGCCGGUGCCGUGUGACGUCAGUGAGGUGACGAUCCGGAGGGAGCUGGAGGCGUUCGGGAAGGUGAGGUGGGUCCAGAUGGAGAGAGCCUGCGACGGGAUAGUGACCGUCCAUUUCUACGAUCUCAGGCAUGCAGAGAAGGCUUUGGCCGAGAUUCGCGAGCGCCACAUGCAGCACCAAAGUCGUGGUCCUUAUCGGAACUCCUUCACUGUGAUCGUCAGCAGCGAGGUGUGGGCUCAUUACGUGAUUCCGGUUCACACGGCAAUCCCCGACGGGCACAACCAAGGCACCAUCGUGAUUUUUAACCUUGACUCGGCAGUGACUGCUAGCGGUAUCAAGCAGACGUUCCAAGAGUUUGGUGCUGUGAAGGAAUUGAGAGAGACGCCAACGAAGAAGCACCAGAAAUUCGUGGAGUUUUACGAUAUCAGACACGCCGCUAGAGCUCUCAAGGAGAUGAACGGCAAGGAGUUUCACGGCAGACAGAUUAUUAUUGAGUUCAGUCGCCCUGGCGGCAACAGCUGGAAGAAGCUGAACUCUCUUACCUCCACCGCCGUUCCAGCUGUCGUCUCGGCCAACGUUGCGCCGCCUGAAUUAUAUCUCCCUGACCAAAUCCCCGGCCACUCUCAUUUCAAUGUAGUCUCGCCGCGAAUGUGCUGCCCCCGGAGCCAGUUUUCGAGCGGGACUAAUUCCGGGAUUGGUAAUGCUCAUGUGGAGCCUCUAAUGGGUAUUAUUGAAGAGAGGGAGCCGACCACCCGACUCACAAGAAGGGUUUCGACGAAGAAACAAAGCAGCAGCAGCCAGGGAAUGGUGACUAGUCCAAGGCUGUUGCAGCCAUUGCCGCCUCAGCCGGCAAGGAGUGGUAGGGGGAAAAGAAACAAGCAACCAAAGAAGUAUGAUGCUCGGUAUCUGAUCAAAGAAGAUGUCUUGAUUGAAUCCACUAGCGAUUCGAGAACCACAUUGAUGAUCAAGAACAUUCCGAACAAGUACAGUCAGAAGCUCCUACUGAGUAUGCUGGACAACCACUGCAUUCACUGCAACGAGCAGAUUCUUCGCGAAGGCGAUGAACACCAGCCUCUGUCCUCCUACGAUUUCGUUUAUCUUCCAAUUGAUUUCAAUAACAAAUGCAAUGUAGGUUAUGGGUUUGUGAACAUGACAAGCCCAGAGGCAACAUGGAGGCUUUACAAAGCUUUCCACCACCAGAAUUGGGAGGUCUUCAACUCCAGAAAAAUCUGCGAAGUCACUUACGCUAGAGUUCAGGGAUUGGAAGCGUUGAAGGAGCACUUCAAGAACUCGAAGUUCCCGAGCGAAAUGGAUCACUACUUGCCGGUUGUGUUUACGCCGCCGCGGGACGGCAAGCGUCUGACGGACCCACUACCCAUCUUCGGCGUCCAACACAAGUCCGCCGGUAAGUCUUCCUCCGCCAUUAACCACCCCAUUACGCUCCUCCUAUCUCCAUCACAUCAACACAGCCAUGAUGACACGGAUGAGACAGACCACUGUAGCAGCCGAAGCGGCGGCGAAGUGGGUCUUAAUGACGACGAGGACGAGGACGACGACCGAGACAGCUAA